AUGUCCACGCCUUUCCCCAGGGAGCAGCCCAUCUUCAGCGCCAGAGCCCAUGUGUUCCAGAUCGACCCAAACACCAAGAGGAACUGGAUCCCCGCCAGCAAGCAUGCCGUCACCGUCUCCUUCUUCUACGACGGCAACAGGAACGUGUACCGCAUCAUCAGCGUGGGUGGUACGAAGGCCAUUAUCAACUGCACCAUCACACCGAGCAUGACGUUCACCAGGACCUCGCAGAAGUUCGGCCAGUGGGCGGACAGCAGGGCCAACACGGUCUACGGCCUGGGCUUCGCUACAGAGCAGCAGCUGCAUCAGUUUUCUGAGCGGUUUAAGGAGGUGAAAGAGGCUGCCCGUCUUGCACGUGAAAAGUCCCAGGAUAAGAUGGAGUUGGUCAACACUGCUCUCAGCAUCGCUGCCCCACAGCUCCAGUCUCCGCCGGUGAUGUGUGUGAACGGUCCUGAGGACAAGAUGUUCCGCAGCCAAAGCGCAGACAUCACACUGUCUUCUGAGAAGGAGCGUAUUAAAAAGAUGCUUUCUGAAGGGUCUAUCUGCGAGAUGAACCUGGAGGCAGAGCUCUUCACCCUGCAGGACAGCAACUCCAAGCUGGUGUCAGCGUUACAUGAAGCUAAUAACAACGUGCAGCAGUGGAAGAAGCAGCUAGCUGCCUACCAGGAGGAGACGGAGAGGCUACGAGACCAGGUGGCUGAUCUGGAAGCACAUGGCGGCCACGGUCCUAGUGACAUGCUAAAGGAUGAGCUGACUCGGUCUCUGGAGGAACUGGAGGCCCUGCUCAAGGCUAAAGACGAGGAAAUCCACAUUCUGCAGAACAAGAAAUCAGAAUACCAUGAGAUGGAGCAGGAGAGAGAAGAAGCCAUACAUAGAUUACAGGAGAUGGAGAUGCGUAACCUGGAGCUGGAGCGGCGGGUGCAGAAUGCUGAGCAGAACCUGGCCGCCUCCCUAGAGGAGCGGGACCACACAGAGAGUGAGGUGCAGAGGGCCAUCGAGAUCCUGGAUGUCAAGCUCUUUGACCUGAACGACCUCCGGCAGAGCCUGGUCAAGCUGAUUGACAAAUGA